AUAUGCCGCAAUCGUAAAUGGAAAUUACAUAAAUUGGCGUGUAAUUAGCGCAGAAUUUAACAUAUGUCACUUCAGUUGUUUAAGGUGCUCACCAGACUGCGCGGCGCAAGUGGCACAUUGAUACAAAUCCAUCGAAACACAGUGCACACGUGGAGACUACGCGAGUGUGAGAGUGAAAGCAUUGCCAACAACGCACAGGCAAACGCAAAAGCAUAUUAUUCCACAAGUGCCUGGGGCAGCAAGAAACGCAAUCGCAGCGUACAACUACGAGCCGCAGCCGCCGAAUAUCUAAUGUCGAAUCCGGAGAUUGAAGCACAGCUGGCGCCAUUGCGCGAGCGUGUGCAGGAGCAGGGCAACCUGGUGCGUGAGCUGAAAGCGAAAGGUGCAGCCGAGCUGGAUGUGAAGAAAGCUGUAGCAGAGUUAAAGGUUAGAAAAAAGGUGCUGGAGGACAAGGAGCUGGCAUUGACACCCAGUGUAGUGAGCUUCGAUCGCGCAAAGAUGGAGGACUUGCUGAAGAGACGCUUCUUCUAUGAUCAAAGCUUUGCCAUCUACGGUGGCAUCACCGGACAGUACGACUUCGGACCCAUGGGCUGCGCGCUGAAGUCGAAUAUAUUGGCGCUGUGGCGACAAUUCUUUAGUCUGGAGGAGCAAAUGCUGGAAGUAGAUUGCUCUAUACUGACCCCAGAGCCGGUGCUCAAGGCUUCAGGACAUGUAGAACGCUUUGCAGAUUUGAUGGUCAAGGAUGCUAAGACUGGCGAAUGCUUUCGUCUAGAUCACUUAAUUAAGCAGGCUCUGGAAAAGCUAUGCAAGGCAAAGGAUGCCACGCCCGCGCUGCAAGCAGAAUGCGAGGACAUCAUCAUCAAGCUGGACGGUCUCAAUAAGCAAGAGCUGGCUGCUGUGCUGGCCAAGUACAACAUUAAAUCCCCGCUAACCGGCAAUGACCUUAGCGAGCCAAUUGAGUUUAAUCUAAUGUUUGCCACCCAAAUUGGACCUACCGGCCUGGUCAAAGGUUAUCUGCGCCCGGAGACGGCACAAGGCAUCUUUGUGAACUUCAAGCGUCUACUGGAGUUCAAUCAGGGUAAGCUGCCCUUUGCUGUAGCCCAAAUUGGCAACAGUUUCCGCAACGAAAUCUCACCACGCUCCGGACUGAUACGCGUGCGUGAAUUCACCAUGGCGGAGAUUGAACACUUCUGCGAUCCAGCCCACAAGGAGCAUCCCAAGUUCACUCGUGUGGCCAACGAGCUCAUGACACUCUACUCCGCCUGCAAUCAAAUGGACGGCAAGUCCGCCCAACAAUCAACCAUCGGUGAAGCUGUGGAGAAGAAAUUGGUGGCCAAUGAAACGUUGGGCUACUAUAUGGCGCGCAUACAGCAAUUCCUGCACGCCAUCGGCAUUAAGCCGGAAUGCUUGCGUUUCCGUCAGCACAUGGGCAAUGAGAUGGCACAUUAUGCAUGCGAUUGCUGGGAUGCGGAAAUACUUACUUCCUACGGCUGGGUGGAGUGCGUUGGCUGUGCUGAUCGCUCAGCUUAUGAUCUAAGCCAGCAUACGGCAGCUACUGGUGUGCGUCUGGUGGCUGAGAAGCGUUUGCCCGAACCCAAGACUGUGGAAAUAAGUGAGAUUGUACCAAACAAACAGGCGCUGGGCAAAGCCUUUAAGAAGGAUGCUAAGUCUAUAACGGAUGCGCUGGCCAAGCUCUCGCUAGACGACGUCAAGCAGGUGGAAACGCAGCUGACCACUGGUGGCCAGUACAAGCUAACUCUGCCUGAUGGCGCCACACACGAACUUGGUGCUGAUUCCAUCAGCGUUAAGCAUGCCUCUAAGACAGUGCAUGUGGAGGAGUUUAUACCCAGUGUGGUUGAGCCGUCCUUUGGCAUUGGUCGCAUUAUGUAUUCAUUGCUGGAGCAUAGCUUCCAGUGCCGCGACGGCGAUGAGCAGCGCUGUUACUUCACCUUGCCACCACUGGUAGCGCCACUUAAGUGUUCCAUACUGCCGCUCUCAAACAAUGCCGACUUCCAGCCGUUCACACAGCAAUUGUCAAUGGCUUUAACCAAGGCGGAACUUUCGCAUAAGGUGGACGACUCGAGUGGCUCCAUUGGACGUCGCUAUGCUCGCACCGAUGAGAUUGCCAUACCAUAUGGCAUCACUGUGGAUUUCGACACACUCAAGCCACCGCAUUCGGUGACACUGCGCGAUCGCAACACCAUGAAGCAGGUGCGCGUGGACAUGGACGAAGUGGUCAGUGUGGUUAAAGAUUUGGCAACUGCUCGUCUCAGCUGGUCGCAGGUUCUCGAGGACUACCCGGCGUUUGAGCAACAGGAAACAACUAAAUAAAAUACUUAUUUGUACCAUACAUAUUCAUUUUUAUACAGCCCUUUUGCUUGCAUUGCAUUUACUUUCGGCAUUUCUUUUAAUCUUACAUUUUAAUUCAAAUUA